CCCAGCAAUCUCUGCAGUCCUCAUUGUAGACACUACGAAAUAACCCACGGUGUUUGGGGACCAUGGCUACAGACCCGCUCUCGGAGCUUCAGGAUGACCUGAACUUGGAUGAGACCAACCAGUCCCUCAGCCAGCUCCAACUGGCCUCCAUAGAUGAUAACAGCUGGCCAGCAGAUAAAGUCCCUGCUUUUCCUCAGUCAGAGGACUCCAAAGGCUCCCCUGAGCCCGUCACUCACCUGCAGUGGGAUGAUCCCUACUAUGAUAUUGCCAGGCACCACAUUGUGGAAGUAGCAGACCAGGGUGCACUUGAUGGGGCCCAACCAGGUGAUGACAAAUACGGAAGGAAAGUCAUUUUGUUCAGUGCCUGCCGGAUGCCCCCAAGUCAUCAACUUGACCAUGUGAAACUGCUGGGGUACCUGAAGUUCACACUGGACCAGUAUGUGGAGAGUGAUUACACACUGGUGUACCUGCACCAUGGCCUGACCAGUGAGAACAAGCCAUCCCUGAGCUGGCUGCGGGAUGCCUACAGGGAAUUUGAUCGGAAGUACAAGAAGAACAUCAAAGCCUUGUAUAUUGUGCACCCAACGAUGUUCAUCAAGACCCUGCUGAUUCUCUUCAAGCCUCUGAUCAGCUUUAAGUUUGGACGAAAGAUCUUUUACGUGAACUUCCUUAGCGAGCUGGAGGAGUAUGUGAAGCUGGAACAAUUGGGGAUCCCAAGCCAAGUGCUGAAGUACGAUGAAUAUCUGAGAUCCCUGCAGAAACCUUCACAAGUGCCCCCGAAGCCAACCCCUCCGCGCCCCCCACUGCCAAACCAGCAGUUUGGAGUCUCACUCCAGCUUCUCAGGGAGAAGAGCCCUGAUCAGUCUCCUGUGCCUCUGGUGGUCAGAGACACCAUUGCUCACUUGCGGGACCAUGCUCUUACCACAGAGGGGAUUUUCCGGAGAUCAGCAAACACACAGGUUGUCAGGGAGGUCCAGCAAAAAUACAACAUGGGUGUGCCUGUAGAUUUCCAGCAGUAUGAAGAUGUCCACCUCCCUGCUGUGAUUCUCAAGACCUUCUUGAGGGAGCUUCCUGAACCCCUGCUCACUUUUGGCCUCUACAGCCAUGUUGUCAGCUUUCAGAAUGUGGAGGAGGAGAAUCGUGUGGGUGCUGUUCGCAAAACACUCCAGACUCUGCCAGAAGAGAACUACCAAGUGCUCCAUUUACUGACAGCCUUCCUGGUGCAGGUCUCUGCUCACAGUGACAGAAACAAGAUGACAAACACCAACCUAGCAGUUGUGUUUGGCCCAAAUCUGCUGUGGGCCAAAGAUGUAGCCAUCACCCUAAAAGCCAUCAACCCCAUCAAUACCUUCACCAAGUUCCUGCUGGACCACCAGAAGGAGCUCUUCGAGGAUGUGGAGGCCUGAAUCCAGGCCAGCCCACACCAGCACACUGUGCUCACCUUCCCACCUUCCUUCCCACCUUGUCUUGGAGCUGUGACCCAGCUGACUCCAGUGCAAGGGGACUAUUGAUCCUCUGGGUGAUGAGCAGAGUGAGGGCUGUGGAGAUGGUGGAGAAAGUGUGUAAGUAAGCGAGCAGAGACCCACUGCUCGGGAUGGGGAGGGGAGCUGGUCUCCCUGCUGCUCCGAGUGGAGUCCUGGCCCCCCUGCCAGUCUGUGCAGCUCCUCCAGGCCUCAUCACCAGCCUGCUGCCCUAUCGGAUGCCCUGCCUCUUUCCUCCUUCCCUUUCUGCCCUCCUGGUCCCUUCCUCAGCAAAGACCGUUAUUGUUUCAGCUCACAACAGCCCCAGUUCACCCCCUUGCCUCUGCUGGGCUGUCUGGGUGAGGGCAGCUCGCUGGGUUUGUGGCAGAGAUGUUCUUGCUACCAGUGCCAUCCCUCAGUCCUGAACAUGCAUCUGCCUUUCCCCAGUGGCACCUGAGGCAAGGAGGGAGCUGGGCAGCUCUUGUGCUUGUCCUGCACUUGCAACAACACUCCAGACCCCAUGGUUUUGGCAGGCAAGUGAAGGACACGCUCACAGCACAUGGGCUGUUACUGCUCAGAUUCCAAUACAAGGAAGCUGAAUUUAACCCAAACCCCUCUGGGGUCCCUACUCUUGAUACUCUUCAGUGUUUGCUGGGGUGUAGUGGGUGAGGUGCCUCCCAGUUACCCAGCUCAGGUGGUGUUGAUCCCUCCGGCAGCAUUUCCAGCCCUGCUGGGAAGGCACAUGCCAGGCCUGUCUGUGUG